AUGUCCUCCAAGCACAUCAUCAGCCUCAUUGCGGGAGCUGCCACCGUCGUGGCUCACGGACAUGUCAGCAAUGUACACAACUCGACCUGGCUCGUGAGGAUCCCCGCCGACCUCGCCAGCGGCAACUACGUCCUGCGCCACGAGAUCAUCGCCCUCCACUCGGCGGGGAACCCCAACGGCGCCCAGAGCUACCCGCAGUGCCUCAACCUCGCCGUCACGGGCACGGGCUCCGCGCAGCCCAGCGGCGUCCUGGGCACCGCGCUGUACAAGGCCACCGACCCGGGCAUCCUGUAUGACCUCUACGGCCCCACCACGCAGAACUAUCUCGUCCCUGGGCCGACGCAGUACGCGGGGGCGCCAAGCUCGGUCGCACAGUCCAGCUCUGUUGCGACGGCCACGAGUACGGCCAUCCUGGGGUAGUUAAGGGACCGGUUUUGGCACGGUGCCGGGUUGAAGCAUGGUCACUGUGCCCGGAGUUGUGGCCUUGAUCGAUGUUGAGGAGGGGGUGCAUUAGUGUCAGGGACGGGACUCAGGGGAAUGCCCAUCUGUGAUUCCUUGGUCCAGAUACGCC